UAUGCCAAAGUGUGAGCACUUCAGAACGCAAUGAAGGUAAAAGUCAAAUCGUUUAUAACACACAUUUGGUGCAACGGGAGCAACAAUUUGUAAAGAAACAAGGUUCACUGACUCUGCCUGAUGAUAUUAAGACAAGUUUGAAACUUAACAGAUAUCGAGUUAGGAGGAAUACUAAACAUGAAGAACAGAAUGAAACCAUAUCUGGACACUGUGAAACUCCCGAGUUAUCGUGCAAUGGCUGUUGUGAAAAUGACUCAAAUAAUUGCUCUCAUAUAGUGAAAAUUUGUUACUGCGAUCCUCAGUGUGCAUUCUACAACGAUUGUUGUGUUGAUUACUACAAAUACUGCAGAAAGAAAAAACGAAGUUCGUUUGAG